AUGAAGCGAACGGUGGUAAUCUCCUCAAGCGAGGCUGCUCUAUCCUCGGCCAAGGUCUCCUGUGAUUGCUUCAAGUCAGCCCUCCAGUUUCUUACCCAGCAUGCCUGUGUGAUCACUGGGAUCGCCAUUGCAGGAGCCACUAUCCUGAUCCUGAGGAACUGGGUGGCUGGUGGAGUCUGUCGGUGUACCAAGCGACUGGAUGGUAAGACUGUCAUCAUCACCGGAGCUAACAAUGGCAUUGGCCGCGAGACUGCCCGGGAGCUGGCAAAGAGAGGUGCCCGGGUAAUCAUGGCGUGCCGGGACCUGGAGAAGGGCACCUUGGUAGCCGAGCAGCUGCGUGCCGCCAUGUGCAACGACAACAUUGUGGUCUACAAAUUGGACCUGGCGUCACUCGACUCCAUCCACUGCUUCGCCAAGGAGGUGACAGAGAAGGAGACCAGGCUGGAUAUCCUCAUCAAUAACGCGGGGGCUCCCAUUGGACCGAGGGAGGUGACGGAGGAUGGCUUCGAGAUGCAAAUUGGCGUCAACCAUUUUGGCCAUUUCCUGCUCACCAUCCUGCUCCUGGAGCAGCUCAAAUCCUGCACCCCAGCCCGUGUCAUCAACGUCUCGAGUAGAGCCCACAGAAUCGGAAAGAUCCGUUUCAACGACAUUAACAUGAAAGAAUGCUACGAUCCCUUGGUUGCGUUUUGUCAGAGCAAACUGGCCAAUAUCCUCUUCACCAGAGAACUCGCCCAGAGACUCCAAGGGACGGGUGUCACGGUGAAUGCUGUCCACCCGGGGUUGUUAUGGACGGACACUACCAGGAACAUGAUGUCCCACCAGCCCUGGUGGUUGCGCCUCCUGCUGGCCCCUUUCUACUUCUUCCUGAAGAGCCCGAGACAGGGAGCUCAGACAACCAUCCACUGUGCCGUGGAUCCCGAACUCGACACUGUCACUGGCCAGUACUUCAGUGACUGUGAGAUUUCGGAGGUAGCGUACUAUGCUCAGGACGAGUGCAUGGCCAAGUCUCUGUGGGACCUGAGCUUUGAGAUGGUCCACCUGGAGACCUCACCAUGCACCAUCAAUGACAGCCUUUACUGGUCCAUGUCACACCUGAUCCGUGGUACCAACGCAAAGAAGAGCCGCACGUGUGUCUACUGA